AUGUCGUUAAUGGAACCGGUCCGGACACACGUUUUACAGUUUCUGGGGGUUGAGUAUAGACAUGGGUAUUAUCUUGCUGACGGGAUAUAUCCGUCUUGCUCUACAAUUGUAAAGACUAUUCCAUAUCCCGAGGACGAAAAAAGGAAAAAAUUCGCCAAGCGUCAAGAAGCUGCAAGAAAAGACAUCGAACGUGCUUUUGGUGUCUUACAAAAAAAAUGGGUCGUCUUUGCACAACCGGCACGUGCGUUCACACCGAAAAGGUUGCGCCUUUGUAUGUACGCUUGCAUUUUGCUCCAUAACAAGAUUAUUGAAGACGAAGGUCGGGCGAUUUGUGAGUAUGAUGAGAAUGCAUCUUACGGGAACACUGUCCCGGUUGAUCCGCCGCAACAGGAUUUAAACUCGUUCUCACUAACCAACGACUUCACGCAUGCAAACCUUCAACAGGAUUUGGUAGAACAUAUUUGGAACAAUGUUAACAUCGGGGACGGUGACGGAGACGAAGACGAAGACGAAGACGAGUAG